AUGAAGGUCCAGUUCUCCAUCGCUACGUGCCUUACGCUUCUUGCCGCUGCCUCGGCCACGCACGCCAACUGCGACUUGGAUCCGGCGACCAAGGCGCCGACACCGUCCGUGACACCCGUGCCAUCGUCGUCCUCGACGCCCUCGGUGGUGCCGACGACCGAGGCGCCAGCGACCACGUGCGGCAACUGCAAAAACUGCUACUACCCCGGCAACGGCGGUUGCCACGCCAACUGGACGCUCGCCAACUGCAAUGCGAACCCGCACUACGUUUGGUGUGGCGAGCCCGGCUAUUGCGGCACGUGCCGCGGAUGCCAAACGAGCGCGGGGUGCAUCGCCAACUGGAGCAAGGCAGACUGCGACGCCAACAAGGCCAACGACUACGUCUGGUGCGGUGCCAUUGCCAAGUAA